AUGGAGGACGAUUGGCUCGCCGAAUUCGCGGACGCGUACGUUGGCGCAAAGGACACCGCUCCCCGAUCUUCCCCUGCUUCUCCAUCUCCCACGACGCCGAGCCCAGCUACUACCGCCCCGGCGCGCACCAACAGCAAUCGCCACAGUCCCACGCCCGACAAACAGAACAACCCUGCGCUUACGAAUAGCGGUACGCCAGUUGAAGGACGUACUGGAGGUACUGGCGCGCCAAGCCAGGCCGGAGAUGGCCGCCCGGCGAAGUCGACUUCGGCCGCUCCGGCACGUCCGGCACGUCCAACCAUCUCGGCCAUCUCGGCACCCUCCGCUUCGGCACGCCGGCCUGCCGGGACUUCGACUCAGCCUCCCAUAUCGCCCAUCAGCGUCACGGACAGCAACGGCUCACCUGGACGCGGCUUAAACGCCAAUCCUCCGCGCUUUAGAGAUCGCGCUGGGUCGCAAGGCAGUAAGGACGUCAUUGAGAUAGGGUCUGAUGGAAUGGUCGAGCAAGGGCGGACACCGGGAAUUACGCUCAAAAAAUACCACUACCCUCUGCCUCCCCACCUCACGGAGGUUCCGAAACCAGCGCGCACUCGAGGUGGAUCUACGCAUGCUGGGGAUGUUGCGUUCUGGUCGGUAUUCGGACAGCCAGAUGGAUUCGAACGGUGGGUCGAGGAAGUGGCUCAGGAACCUCUCGAGGCACCCGCACUUCCUCGCAACCUCCGAUUCGCCGGCAUGGAGCUAGCAUGGGCUCACUCGUCAGCAUACACACGGCACGUCUCCGAUGCCAAACGUGCUGUCGCCGCUCAAGAGCUGAUGGCACGCUCCGUGGAGAGUCUCGAGUGCUUACAGGCACUGAAGAAGGAGAUCGGCGACUUGAAGUCGCUCGUAGGAGCCGAUUCGGCCGCGCCGGCACCACGCUCGGCAUCCCCGGCUCACGCGGCAGCUACGGCAGCUACGGCACCCUCGGCACCCUCGGCACCCUCGGCACCCUCCCUUGGACGUAUGUCCUCCCGAACCGCCAGCGCUGGGCCUUCCGAUUUGAAGAGAUCUCGCAGGGAAGAGGAGGGGGAAAGCAAUGCGCGUAAGGGAAAGAGGAGAAAAACCAUUGAUUAG